CGGAGCUGCACGCUGCACAGGAUCAUCACACACACACUGACAUUUGCUGAAGAAGAACAACAACACUUUUUAUAACCACAAAACGUAAUAAUACAAAUUUAAAAAAUAAACGAAUAGUGUAAAGUAUAUGUAUUCUCCCUGCAGUCGGGGGCUUUAGGAAACUGCAAGGAAGUCACCAUGUGAUAAAAAUUAUUUGGUAAACGGACAAAAGGGCUGGAUUACAAGAAAACAAGCGAAAGUUAAAAGGGCGUGAGCGGAAUGUCCGUGGAUGAGAAGCCUGAAGCCCCCAUGUACGUGUAUGAGUCGACGGUUCAUUGUACCAAUAUCCUCCUGUGCCUGAACGACCAGCGGAAGCAGGAUAUCUUGUGCGAUGUGACUGUCCUGGUGGAGGGCAAGGAGUUCCGCGGCCACCGGGCCGUGCUGGCCGCAUGCUCAGAGUACUUCUUGCAGGCUCUGGUUCAACAGGCCGAGAAUGGCUUGUUCCUCAGCCUACCUGAUGAGGUCACUGCCAGGGGAUUCGCUCCAUUGUUGCAGUUUGCCUACACUGCUAAGCUGUUACUCAGCAGAGAAAACAUCCAGGAGGUCAUCCGCUGUGCCGAAUUCCUGCGCAUGCACAACCUGGAGGACUCGUGCUUUCGCUUCCUGGAGGCCCAGCUCCGCAGCGAGGAGGACGGCCUGCUGCUGUGCCACAAGGUGGCGCCGGCCGAGGGCAACCACGAGACCGAGGAUGAGAGCAUGCAGUCUGAGACGACAACAAAGGUCACCUCCCCCCGGGCCCGGCGGCGCGCUGAAGCUUUGGCCUCCUUGCAGCAAGCACCGGACGCGGACCAGCUAGCCAUGGCGGUGCCCAGCGACUUCGCAGACGGACGGCUGGACUUCGACAGGCACGGAGCGUCGGACCUCCCCCGCUGCCCCAAAUACAGGAAGUACCAGUGGGCCUGCAACAACCACAAUAACAACACCUCCUCACAUACAAGUACCUCAGGUUUUCCAAGCACAUUAUUAUUUAAGGAGACCAGCGUUGGCAUCAGCGACGGGGCGGUCCGGGACCAGAGCAGGCCGCCGGUGGCCCAAAUCAAAGUGGAGCCGCGGGCAGAGGAAGAGGUAAUCUCGCUGUACCUGUCGGGGGAUGAGCAGGACGGCCAGGACAAGGAUGAUGUGACAGCCAUGGAAUUGGACAGUGUCCCAGUGGUAUCCCCCUCUUCCGUCAAGCGGAGCAAGUCCCCUACCUGCCUCCGCGCCUUCUUCAAGAAAGGAACGGACCUGCCAGGUCUGCCCAACGCAUCGCAACAGCUAUUCGCCAACAGACUCGCCAGCAUCUGCCCCCAAGACAAAGAAACCACUCAGGGAGAUCACAAAACAAAAGAUUUCAGGCCUUUCACUGCAGGGGAGCUGGGCCUGUCUGUUACAUCCCCAAAGGAAGUGGACGGCUUCCCUCCGAGGCUGUCGUCGCUGAAGUCUGCCUCCUGCGACGGCGUUUGCAAACAGGAAGUGGAGCUGGACCGCCGCAGUGUCAUUUUUUCCUCCUCAGGGGCCUGCGACCGUCUGGGCACCCCGGCGCAUUCCUGCAACGGUGGUAACUCUUUGGAGAUGGAGCUCUCAGAGCACACGCCAAAGAGUCUGUGGGAUGGUGCCAGCCAGUCCCUCCCCACCUCCGAGACCUACUCUCCCAGCAGCGCCCCCUCCCUCGCUUCCACCACCACAGAGUCCCCGCCGCUCCUCUGCCGCCUGCGGCCCAACACCAGCUGCCCAGUGCCAAUCAAGGUGUGUACGCGCUCACCGCCCUCCGAGACCCGCACGCGGACCUCCAGCUCCUGCUCCUCCUACUCUUACGCGGAGGAUGGGAGCGGCGGCUCCCCCUGCAGCCUGCCCCAGUUUGAGUUUUCCUCCUCGCCGUGUUCCAACGUGGCGCUCCGCCUCGCCGCCGACCAGCAGGACCAGAGCGUGAUGGGGGGAGAUGCCCUCUUCAACCAGGUGCGCCCCAAGAUCAAGUGCGAGCAGUCGUACGGCACGAACUCCAGCGACGAGUCGGGAUCCUUCUCUGAGGGUGACAGCGAGUUGUGUCGAGCCGAGCAAGGGCCAGAGGUAAAGCUUCCUUUCCCUGUAGAUCAAAUCACAAAUCUUCCACGGAACGACUUCCAAAUGAUGGUAAAAAUGCACAAACUGACCUCAGAGCAGCUGGAGUUCAUCCAUGACGUCCGGCGGCGGAGUAAGAACCGCAUCGCAGCGCAGCGCUGUCGCAAGAGGAAGCUUGACUGCAUCAUGAACCUGGAGUGUGAGAUCAGAAAAUUGGUGAACGAGAAGGACAAGCUGCUGGCAGAGAGGAACCAGCUGAAGGAGUGUAUGGGCGAGCUGUGGGAGAACUUCUCCUGUCUGUCCCAGGAGGUGUGCAGGGACGUGCAGCUGAGCCCGGAGCAGGUCCAGUCCCUGAACCACUACUGCCCUGUUCUGAAGCCCGGCACCAACACCACCAACACUGCCAGCAAUGCUGCCUCCAACAGCAUUGACCUUACCACCCACUCCGGCUCAGCCACCCCGGAGCCCAGCUUCCUGAAGUCCCCCGGGCCCUCAGAGAGCGAGCCUGACUCGGCCAUGGGGAAUGAGGCUGACGGGGGGGGAGGCGGCAAUGAGGCGGAAGGGCAGGAGCCGAGGUUAUACAUGGAGGCGGGGCUCUCAUUCAAUGAACAGUCCAAUCAGACGGUGACGGUAGACUUCUGCCAGGAAAUGACUGAUAAAUGUACAACUGACGAACAGCCGAGAAAGGACUGUACAUAGUAAACUGUGGUUUUUAUACCUGCGUUUUUUUAUUAUUUAAUUUGUAUUUUUUAUUUUCUUCUGACAAACCCCUUUCUCUGGGUUGUUGAGAUGGUCAGCCUUGGCCAGUGUUCUCUGAAAACAUUUUUUGUUUGUAUGUCUUUUUGGUUGUCUUUUUAAAGGUUGACACUACAGUUGUCUUAAGAGCAGCAAUACUGUUCUCCAGGUAUUCUCCUCUCUGCAACCAUGACAGAGUGGGAACUUCACACAAAACUCCUCUCACAAUGGUGCUACACCGUGACCGGGCAGGCAGUGAUCUCCACAGUGGGAACAUUGUUCUCUAUCUAUGUAUUACAGUCUACUCACAAGGAUGGGCAAAGAUCACAUCUUCAACUCAAACCUCAAUGGACCUAACAGCAGCUCUCUUUGUCUCUCAAUCUACCUACAGCUUCUAUCUCUCUGUCUCUCUCGCUAUUUCUCAAUAUCGCUCUUUCUCACUCUCACUAUUUCUCUCGCUCUCCCUUUCUCUCUCUCUCUGUGUCUCUCUCACUCUCUCUCCUACUCUGUCUAUUUUCGAUCAAUCUAUUUCACUUUCGCUCUCUGUACAUUUGUCUAUCUCUCUCUCUUAUUCUCUCACUCUCUCUCGGUGGCCCUCGUCACAGCAAUUCAAACUCAGGAAGAAAUCUUCUGAAUGUUCAACAUGAUUCAUGAAAAUAAGAAUACAGCUUCUGUACAUGAGAGAUUUAUGAAGCAGUUAGACUGUACAUGUUCAUAUGCAAAAAUGUCUUCUGCUUCACUCAUUUGCAUUUUCUGUACAGAAAAACAAUGUGUGCAGACAGUACCUAAACAGUCCUCCUUUGCCUUCCUCAGCACUGAAACGAAAGAGAAAAAUGAGUGAUUUGACAGGUGGUUAAAUAGCUAUGUUCCCACCAGGGUUGGGGUCAAUUCCAUUUCAAUUCCAGUCAAUUCAGGAAGUACACUGAAAUUCCAAUUCUCUUCAAGGCUUUUCAAUGAGGAAAUUGGAAUUGGAAUUUGGUUUACUUUUUGAAUUGACUGGAAUUGAAAUUGACCCCAACUCUGGUUCCCACACAUCAGCAAUACCAUUGUAUGUGGAUGUUGUAAUGGUAACUUUCAAGUGCUUGCUUCGGCAGAACGUAUAAUGUAUAUAGUAUGGAGCAUGGUGACUGUCACAGUAAUAUUGUACAAGUAGAGGCUUAAACGUUUCUUUUCACUGGGGUUUUUGUUAAGGGAAAAUAUUUGCUUUGCUGUUUCCUGCCUAAAGGAAAAUUCCCCAUAAGGGUGGGUGUUCUUAAACUCAGGAAAUCAGCUUGACACACACACUCAAACACGCACACACAAACACGCACACACAUAGACACACAUUCAUUUUAGAGCCCCUUGCAUGAAAAUUGGAUGUUGCUGGCGAGGACAGUGUAAGCAUGUUAUUAACCAGUGGCUCAAGCCGCAUCCAUUCAAACUUUGACACUUCUUUAAAUGUGAAAAAGAGUUUCAUCUUGUUGUGUUUUUGAGGAAACUUUAUUUCUUCUUAUCAGUAUUUAAAGAUGCUAUAUGUAUGAUGGUGAAAACUCUCACCCUUUGAAUUUCUUCAGUGUUAUGUUUCAAUGUUGUCAAGGAAUGUGUGAGUAGACACCUUCUCAAGCUGAGGGAUAGCUAUUCUGUCUGUAACAAAAAAACAUACACAAAAUAUGUAUAUUUACUAAGGAUACUUUCUCUAAUGAAUCUGGGCUCAAUUCAGGCUCUUUCCUUCCAGCACCAGAUGCUCAGUUAUAACUAGUUCUAAUAGCACUUCAUAGAGGGUUUAUGUCAGAUUCAAAACCCUGAAAAGUCUGAUACUGAAGCACUUAAAUUGGCACUUAAAUUAAAACAUCUUAUUGAUAUGUUAAUAUUGAUAUAAAUAUCUCUAUGAAGACAUGCCUUUUUUUUAAACUACAGUAAACAGGUUUAUAAACAAAAAGGAAGCUAACAUAAUAUUGAGAGUGUUCACAUCUUAUAUUUGUAAUUCCUUAAGAAUUGAAAAAGCUAAUUGAGACUUCAGUUCAUGUGAAAGCAGUGUAUGUGUCAUCAUCAAACUGAUUGAGUAACAAUCAUAUGAUAUAGUAACAUUUUUGCCCUGAUUGUAAAUUUUUUUAAACAUCAUAUUCUGUGAUGUGAAUGCAUGCGCCUGUAUAUUUUACCUAGUUAGUCUAGCUUGUGUUUGCUUCUAACGAUAGUCCUCAGCUAAAUGAUUUACUCUUUCUUUUGAUUAACAAUAUUGACAUUUAUAAUGUAUUGACAUUUAUAAUGUACAUAUACAGAAAUCAUUUUCUUAUCUGUUCAACAGUCAGAGAUGUGCUUGAAAAUACAGCAUAUUAGAAAUAGAGCCAUUACAUAUGAAGAGGAGUGAAUUCAAUUGGAAUAUAAAGCUUUACUCAUAACUUUUACUUCAUUCAGGAUGAAAAGCUAUACAGUCUGUUGGAAAGAGCGAUGAUAUACUGUAUAUUGACGAGUCUGCAAAUUCCCCUUCGCGUUACCCUGCUGCCCCCCCUUGGACACAGUUGUGUAGUUCUCCAAUCAGUCUUGACUGAGAUCAAACCUUGUUGUGAUAUUAGAGUGCUCUGUGUUUCGCAGUGUGUAUGCUAGUCUGACUAUUUGACCAUUCACCUAAGUCUCCUUAAGGUUGUAGCUAGACCCAUAUACAGUCACACACAGAGAACCACAAAUAUGAAUACAUACACACACAUGAUACAUGUCUAAUGGCAUCCUUACUUAAAGGCUUGAGUCUAGAGCAGUUGUGAUUGCCUGUUGUUAUUGUUGUUUGUGAGGUUCUUUUUCCACUUUGCUCUGAUUCAUAUGCUAUCACUGAAGUGGAACAGUAUUCAUCCCCAUUAUCAGGUACAAAAUAGAAAACUAAAGAUAGAUGGAUUCAAGUGGACAUUUGUGCAAGCCAUAUGCAAUUCCUACCCAAUAUAUGUACUUUUUCUUACUCAUUUUUGAAGUAAAAGUGAAAAGCAUGACGUUCCACCAGAAAAGCACACUCUCAUUGGGCUACGCUUUGACAAAUGUCACAUUUUGGGAAAAUGUAUUGAAAUUCAUCAAGUUUAUAUUGUCCUCAUCAAAGCUAUACCAAUAGAUAUCCCUCUAUCCGUUUUUAGAUGUCCUUAUAAUGCUAUUAUGAUUACUGUUGAUGUUCUUUGGAUAGCAAUGAGUGCAUAGCAUAUUUCUGGUGUGUAGGCUACUGUACGUAACAAUUCCUCAUCAAUGUUUUUGCUCUACCUAGAGAGCCCCUGGAUUCAUGUAAAAGCUGGUUGGUGGAUGCAGCUAGAAGGUAAUGCAAAGUAAUGAAGGGUUUUUAAUCCAGUCAAUUGACAGUCCAGUCCUAUACCUCUUAGCCCUCUAGCCCUGAGAGAGCUACUCCAUGCCUGAUUUGCUGUGUGUGGUGUUACUAUGGUGGCCAGUGGUUGAAAGUAGAGCAUGGUCACCUCUACGGUCACCCCAAGCAUUCCAGGUGAAAUAAGCUUGUUGUGUCAUCAUCUCAAUCACACAGUGAUUCGUCUGGUUGACUUUAACCAGGACCAGUCAUUGCUCUUGUAUAUCGUCUCAGGGUGCCAAGUGUUUUAUUUCUCCAUUUCUGAAUCUGGAGCAGACCUUUGUACUUUAGUUGGUUUUGUUUUAUUCUUUGUUUGCUUUGAUGUUUUUGGCUUCGCUUUGAGUGUCUGAAAGUAUAGCUCUAAACUCUGGUUUUAUAUUCCCGAAGCUUAUUUCUACCAAUGAAAAUACUGUGUAAUAGGCUUGGCACAAUACAGAUCAAACCAAUCAAGAGGCUGCAGAGAGUACAUAAUACAUUGGAGUACAAAUAUGAAUAAUUGAAUUAUGUUUUGGUAAUACAUUUAGUUAUUAGGUGGAUUUCCCUGAAGUUUUUUUUACCUCUGCAGCUUUUCACAAGCCAAACACGCAACAACAAAAAAAGCCAUGUCAUUUGAUUUGUUAACUGGCUUUGGUUAUUAGUUGGUGGAUAUUUGUUGUAAAGCUAGGUGCAUUGAAUGCAUUAUCUUUUUAAAAGGCUUUUGUGUUGUAUUAUUUUCUGGUUUAGUUUAACUUUUGUUUGUUUUAGUUUUUCUGUGCUGCUUCUCUUGAAAAAAAACACUGUCUCUCCAACUCCAAAGGUUGUUGUUUUGAAAAGAUUAACAAAACUAGCCUUUUUCACAAAUUGCUCAACUUUAUAAUACAGUAUACUGGUAUCCUGAUUACAUGCACAGGCUGAUACCAUUUUAGGAGUAAAAGAAAAGUAAAAUAUGUUUACAAAAAUGUGUCACAUGUCAUGAUGUGUUUAUUCAAUUUGCCAUGUAUAUAGAAAUUGGUAGGUUAAAAUUGGACUGAUGGUUAGUGUUUUUACAUCUGUAAACAGAAAACUAUGUGUUUCCUCAACUUGUCUUUUCAUUCAACUGGGGAUGUUUCAGAGUUACAUGGAUACAAGUGCACCUCCGAUUUUUGCCUUAGAACUUGCAGAGGCCAUAGUUCACAUUCAAGUGAAGUGUAUGCAGGGGCCUACGCCCCCCAUUUCUGAGUCACCACCAGUGCGGACUUUCUCACACUUAUCUACCUGUGAAAUCCUUCAUACCUCUCAUAAUUGGUCAAUGACUGUAUCAGCAAACUGCAUCAGGUGUUUGUUUUUUUUACAUGCUUUUUACACAGAUUAUAUGGAUUAUUGAAUUAGUAGAUUUUGGUGCAUCAUUUUUUUAUGUAAUAACUCUUAAGCUUGUAGUCACAAAGUAGUUUUUCUCUCUCGUUUUUCUAGAAGACUGUUUUGUGUUAAUAUUGUCAAUUUGAAAUAGCUGUUAUUUGCUUAUUCUCUACUAAGUGUUCUUACCUUGUUCAUUUUCAAAUGCUACACAACCCUAAUGAAUUAAAAUGACUUAAUAACCAUUGUAAAUAUGGUAUUGUGUAAACCCCAUUUUCAUUCAUUUAAAUUGAUAGUGUUAUAUAAAUGACAUUUUUGUCUAGACACCAUUUCUGUUUAUGAAAUAAAGAAACAUCAUGUA